UCAGUAGCUGAUUGUGAGUACUAAUCUUUCAGUCGGAGAGGACGUAGCUUCGUGAAUUUUUCUCAGGAUUCUACCGGUUUUUUUACACUUUUAUAGAAAAAAGUGUCAGUGAUCAUCAGGAAAUUUUGUAUUCCCGAUUCUUCUUCAAACAAGCCAAUUGUAGAGUUCACUACCGGCGGAAACACCCAUCGAAGACAACUUUAUUGACGAGUACGAACGUUCCAGUCCACAGACAAGGAGCUGCGCGGGUUACACAGCGAGCCAAGAGGAAGUGCGAUCGUAGAAGAUAGUUAAAUCGUCAGGCACCCGACAAGAUGCCUGCUCCGGCACCAACACAGGGUACGGUGGAGGGCGGCCCACCUCGCACCGAAUUGCAGGAAUUACAAUUAAAGGCCGAUCAAACUACAGAUGAGUCCUUGGAAAGUACGAGGCGUAUGCUGGCACUAUGCGAGGAGAGCCACGAGGUCGGGAUGAAAACCCUCGUAAUGCUGGACGAGCAAGGCGAGCAACUGGACAGAAUCGAGGAGGGUAUGGACCAAAUCAACGCCGACAUGCGCGAGGCCGAGAAAAAUCUCACUGGAAUGGAAAAGUGCUGCGGUCUCUGCGUUCUCCCAUGCAACAAAGGCGCCAGCUUCAAGGAAGAUGAAGGCACGUGGAAGGGAAAUGAUGACGGCAAGGUGGUUAACAACCAGCCACAACGGGUGAUGGACGAUCGCAAUGGACUCGGUCCUCAAGGCGGCUACAUCGCCAAGAUUACAAACGAUGCCCGUGAAGGAGAGAUGGAAGAGAAUAUGGGUCAGGUGAACACAAUGAUCGGUAAUUUGAGAAACAUGGCGAUCGACAUGGGCAGCGAACUGGAGAAUCAGAAUCGGCAAAUCGACAGGAUUAAUCGCAAGGGCGAAUCGAACGAGACGAGGAUAAAGGUGGCCAACGAGCGAGCUCAUCAGCUACUCAAGUAAGGCCACUCUCGACCACCUGCACCCCGUCGGCCACCAACAGCAACAAAUAUUACCAUCACCACUAUCACAACCACAACUACACUAUUAUUGACAACAACAACAACAACAAUAACACUAGCAACUACUACAACAAAAGACCAGGGCUAUCAGCUACAGAUACACACGAUCAGUUGUUACUCUCAGUUAAUCGUGUUCAUGUACUUGCAAUUUAUUUAUUACGAUUUACUUAUACCUCGAAUCACCGUGGACCUUUAUUACAAACGAGUUGACAAAUAGACGAUCGAAAGAACGAAAUACAACUUCUAUAUUACAUGUUCUUUUUUCCGUCCUACGUUCGAAUCUUUUUCGUUCUUCGUUCUGUUCGAUUUAUAGUGUAUAUUUGUAGACAGUAAACGCGUGCGUUAUAGGAAACGCCCAAGAGAGAAUCGUUCUCAUCGGUUUUCGUACGUAUUUACUCGCAGUUAGUCUAUUUAUUGUUGUUCGUGCAACGCGUCAAAAGAGUUACUGCGUUCUGGGAAAUAAAUUGUACCAUCUUACCCUGUUGUGCACUUUAUUUUUGGCGAACGUUAGAAGUAAAUUCUAUUUGAAUAUAUUACUUGUAUCUUUAUUGCCGUCGUUAGUAUAUCAUCCAAGUAGCUCCAUUCUCUAGCGAUUAUACCUUUUUUUUUUUUAUUGUGAAUCUUCGAUUCCUCCUUUCGGUCCGUUUUACGUUCACAACUAUCUUCGAAUGGUCCUUCAGCGAAUCUGCUCGGGCGUACUUACGAACAUCAUCUUUAACCCUUAAGAGAGCAAAUUUUCAUCUUUAAGAUAUAGAAAUAUUUAGGAGGAAAGUAGAAGAGAAAAAAAAAACUUAGUUUAUUUACGAAUAAUGUUUACAUGUAACGAAGAUGUCGACGCAACGUCGUCAAGUCAAUUCAGUGAUCCGAUAGAGUUUUUUAAAAGACGAGCCAGAUGUUUACAAGGGAAAAGAUAAGAAAGGGAGAAAGUAGAGAGCAAAUGAUGAAAAAGAGGAUACAAAAGUGUAAAGAUUUUUUCGUCUUAAUUGCACGUUUAUCCAAGUUCUUCCUCUCGUGAUAUAGCGUUUACACUUUUAACGAUUUAUCUAAAAAGUUUCUAAAAUAAGAGGAGUUAUUAACAGAGAAAAUACAAAAAUAAGAAUACAGAAUACAACAAAUACUAGAGAUCCAUUAGUUAAAAAAAAAAAAAAAACGAAUCGCAAGUAUCGCGCGCCUGUUUAAGGGUUAAAGAUUACCCACAGUUAACGAAAAUAAAAGCAUAUACACAGGAAACGACAAUGUCAGUUGGACGGGAGCGCACACACGCUGUAGUUCUCUGCAUCGUUACACACACACACACACGCGUGCAAAAUCCAAACGAACCUGUAUACAUACAUACAUACACAUAUAUAGGUACAUAUACAUGUAGCUAUGUUCAGGUAUACAGAGAGAAAUCUGGAAUACAGCCAUAUACAGCGAACAAUACAAAAGAGAAAAGGGAGAGUAGUAUAGAUCGCACAGCGUGUGGGAGUGCACAUGUGAACGAUACAUACGCACAGCGAGCCCUCUUUAGGUAAUACAUACCAUGUAAUUUGUUAUCACGAUUAGCGUUACGACCAAAAUAUCCGUGUACAGUAGAUCGAUACGUAGGUAGACACCAGAGAUGCGUGUGUAUGUGUGUGUAUGUGCGUGUAUGUGUGUGUGUGUGUGUGUCAGAGCACACGCGCGUGUCGCGCGGUAAUUCCAAGCAGCAGUAGGUCGUAGCGAGCGUGCUGGCCGAGGAGCAGCCUCGAGAUAUAUAUGUAUGAUGUACGAGAUUACCAUGUUUGAAAACGCGAAUGUAUAUCGAAUGGAUCGAGGGAGCUUACCCGUAAAUGGCAAAUAAUAUUAGGUUCCUCCCGAAAGCGGUCGUUACUCGCUUACCUUUUUCUCGAUACAUACGCUCUACGUCGAACAUCGUGCGAUCAACGAAAUAUCUCGCUUCCCGAGAGAACACGAGAAACCGGAGGGGAUCACGACAGACGGGGCGAGGUAAAUAGCGGAGGAGGACGUUUAGCGCGGCAGCAAGUUGAUGUUUACGAAGAAGAAAAGGGAGCGGAGAGAGCGUAGUGGUUGCUCCCAUGUGUAGAGUAGGAGGAAGGGAGGAGAAAAAUAUGAGAGCAAAAUGAUGGAAAAGGUACAAGAGAGAAGGAGAGGCGGAGAUAAAAAUGGAAGAAGAAUUUGAUAAACCAAUGCAACGAAGAGGAUAUCGUAGCGAAAAAAGUCUAGAAGAAAGAGAGAGGGAAACGGAAUGAGAAAGCGAGAGGGGAGAAAAGAAAGGAAGGAGGUGUUAAAUGUGUAGAUAGAAUUUUGUUCAUCGUUUUAUCUGUCGACUCACCAUAGAGCGUAGAUCGAUUCCGUUUCUUGCGGUCCCGCGCACGCUCAACGCGCCGGGUUUGUCACUGUAAGGUUUAACUCCAAGUGAAAGAAAUCACGAAUGCGAUAGAGAGAGCAAGAAGAAUACGACAAAAGAUUUAAACAAAGAUUGUACAUUAUUGUAUUUACACGAAGCGAAGUACCUCUACUUUGUACUAUAGCGAGCGAAAGAACGAAUGAACGAAUAAUCCAUUGUACGUCGUGUCACUACGGCGCCCUGGGAUUCUCCCGGUUACGUUUCUGUUUCGCGGUCUGCGAGUAUCCACAUUCCAGCAUUUAUCUCUUAUUCAGAAUCUUUAUCUUGUUGAACCGUGAUCGUUGUUUACGCGCAAUAAGUUUGCGAUCGUUCUGACAAUGAGUCGAUAUUUUUUCUUUCAUUUCUCUUUGCUAGAGGACUGCAAAUUUGCAAAUACAUAGAAGUAGCGUAAUACUAUAUAAUAAUUUGUAACUUGAAAUAGAGAUAGACAUGACGUGAUUACCGCGGAUUAGAUCCAACGCUGCAGACAAGGGAUGUUUCUCGAAGCAGCUGUCAGCCUUAACAGUAUUCGCAUCUUUACACUUACCUCUUUAGCUUUAAGAGAAUGCAUAGAGACAGAGAGCAGAGAUGCUGUCAGCGCUGACGUGAUCCCUCAAACCCAGUAGCAUCAAAAUUAGUCCGUAGAAAAGAGAGAACGAGCGAGAGAGAGAGAGAGAGAGAGGAAAAAGGUGAACAAACAAUAAGUAUGAGAAGAUUUUGUCGCGUAGAGAUUUCUUUUAUGUAGACCACAUUUGGCAAAGAGAAAAAGAAAAUACGUGUACACCGCAUUUAGCAUAUCGUCGAUAAGCAUGAGAUGAUUUCGAUACACGUAUUACUUAUUAUAUAUUCAUGUAAACUUUAUUUUGGAUUUAACGAAUUAACCAUAUAUAUAUAUAUAAUGAUAUUGUAUAAAUAUUGUAAAGGGUAUCGCCCUCGAGUCGCGCGUUGUAUUAAGAAUGGAGCACAAAAAGAAGGAAGGGGAUAUAUUACGAGUAGUUCCUUUCGAUUUCGCUUGUUUGUUUGCUUUUCUCAUUAACAUAGUAAUGCAGUUAUGAUCGGUGGCUUGCAAAAAUUCUUGGACGCUUCGCCGGACGAACGUACUAAGAGGAAUAAAAGAGAGAAUGUUAAGGGAAAUUUGGUGAACGAAGGAACAGAGCAAAUGGAUGUAUGAGAGGGAGAGAGAGGAAGUAAUAUUAGAGAGCAAGUGCGUGAUAUUUGACGAUGAUAAUGAUUGUGAUUGUUACUCGAGAUCGUUAGGCCUAUCGUAAUUAUUUACUUUGUCAGAGGAAAGAUAUACGAAUGAUUAUAAACAGGUAUAUAUAUAUAUAAAGAUUCUAUAUAUAUAUAUAUAAAUAUGAUACAAACAUAUUACAUGCAUAUAUUUACGGAACGAGCGCGGUGAGCCCCCUUCUUAUGUAGACUUCUAAAAUAGGGAAAAAAAAAAACGAAAAAAAGGGAGGAAAAAGAGAGCGAAAGAAUCUACUUUAUUUGCGAGCGGAUAAUGUUGUUAUAUUAUCAUAAAUAUUAUAUAUAUAUUAUACAAUACGGAAUCGAGCAAUAUUGUAUUGUUACUUCGUCGUUAACAUUUAUCACCGCCUAUUCGAAGAAUUAUAUUAUGUACCUAUUUUACAAAAUAAUCCCUCGUAUCUGAAACGAGUAACUCAUAUCGAACCUGUUAUAGGUCUAUGUGGUACGCGUAAUUUUAAAUAUUCACAGAAUUGUAUAGAACACGCAGAUUUAAGUAGAUAGACGCGUAGAUAGGUCAAAAUAGACGAAGUAGCCUGCGGAAAAGGGAAAUGGUUUACGGUGUGAAUGAGAGAUCGAGUGAACGAGAUGAAAUUAUAAACCGAUUAAUCGAACAGCAGUUUUCUUAUAAAAUGGAAAACUGUGAGAGCAGCGACCACAGAACAAAAAAAAAAAAAAGAAGAAAAGACGGAGAGAGGCGAAAGCUCGCGAAAGAUCGUGUGCAACCGACUCGAAGAUUCGCUGUUGAUGUAUUGUUCUAUUUGGUUGAUGUAUUCGUAAAGUAUACGGUGGUUGCGUGCAAUUUUUCUCGAGUCGAUCUUUAAGAAGUUUCGUGCGAAACUCGUCGUUCGAAAUUUAUCUUUCGACUGUCUCCUGACGAAGUUAUUGCGGUAUAGAGCGGUAUUAUAAAGCGAGACGAUGAGAACUGCGUGCACCGACGUCUAACGUUUGCAAUAACAAGAGUACGAUCGCGAUUAUUAACACAAAUUGGGACCACCGUGCAAAAGUGCAAGGUGCCGAGACGAAAACGACUACGGCGCGACGAGUACCACAAAGCUCGACGCUGUUAAUUUCUUUUGUUUUUCGACUACGACGAACGUCGAACACCUCGUCGUUGCCGGCCGCUUUCCGAUUCUUCGAAGCGACGAUAAAAACGAGACGAGAAAUCGCGAAUAUUCAGUAGAGUAAACCACGAAGCCUGACAAAGAAGUUAGAACAAACUUAAAAAAGAAAAAAUAUUGAAAAAUAAUGAAAAAGAAAAAAAAAGAAAAAACAUAAGGAUGGUGAAAGAUAGAGGGAAAGUACGCGAACAUUGUAAAGUAUUUGGUAAACAGACAAAUUGAUGAAAAAAUCAGCUUUUCUCUUUUUAGUACUGAUGUAUUGUCGCUAGAUGUAUUACAGAGACGUAAGAAGUAUUCUUCGGCAGUACUAUUAUAACAAAUGCCUAUGUAUUUUACUUCUCGGCAAAUAAACCAUCAAGUAUUGUA